AUGCAGGGGGUCGUGGCGUCCUCCCGCGAGUCAGGCUCUGCAGAUGCCUCUGGGCAGCUUCCCACUGCCACCACCGCCUCCACUGCCUACGAUCUCCGAGAGAAGAACCUGGGCAGGCUGCACCGUGCAGCUGCCCAGGGCGACUUGGCCUGGCUGAGGCGGUGGCGCUGGUGGCUGAAGAGAGUCGGCACUGACAAGCGAGACAAGCAGAAGCGGACACCCCUGCAUCUCGCUUGUGCGAACGGCCAUGUGGAUGUCGUCAAAUAUCUAGUGCAAAAGAACUGCCAGCUGAACCUUGUUGACCGUUUGAAGAGGUCGCCGCUGAUGACGGCAGUAGAGUGCCGGCAAGAGAAAUGUGUGGCUAUACUGCUGGAGCAUGGUGCUGACCCGAAUCUGGCUAAUGCUGAUGGCAACACUGCCCUUCACCUGGCUGUCCUGUCUACUAAUACAACUGUAGCAGGGCUCUUACUUGAGCAUAAUGCCAAUAUUGAUGCUCAGAACAAGGAUGGUCAUACCCCCUUUCAUCUUGCUGUCUCCAGACAUCAGGAGGAGAUGGUAGAGUUUCUUCAGAAAAAAGGAGCUGACAGGCAUGCUCAAGAUCAGCAGGAAAGUACGAAGACACAACAGGAUGGAGCUAUGAGCAAUGGAACGGUACAUGAAGAGAGAAAGAUGGAGUCCAAGGCCAUUUCAGAGGAUGUGGCUGACAUUUCCCAGAAGUUGGAGAAAGAGUCUAAAAACUGCACACAGAUAGAAGCACAAAAUAGCGAUUUGCAAGAACAGUCGUCCAUCGUGUGUCUGAAAAGUGAAAUACUGGAGGAGAGUGAAUGCCAGCUGAAAGAAGAGGUGUCUAUGCUCAAGCAUGAUAUUGACACUAACUUGGUGGAUCGCAGCCAGGUGGAGCAGCACAAAACAGAGGUGGAUGACCUUUCCCAGAAGUUGGAGAAAGAGUCUAAAAACUGCACACAGAUAGAAGCACAAAAUAGCGAUUUGCAAGAACAGUCAUCCACCGUGUGUCUGAAACGUGAAAUACUGGAGGAGAGUGAACGCCAGCUGAAAGAAGAGGUGGGUAUGCGCAAGCAUCUUAUCGACACUAACAUGGUGGAUCGCAGCCAGAUGGAGCAGUACAAAAGAGAGGUCGGUGACCUUUCCCAGAAGCUGGAGAAAAAGUGUAAAAAAUGCAGACAGAUAGAAGCACAAAAUCACGAUUUGCAAGAACAGUUGUCCAACUUGCUUCUGAAAUGUAAAGUACUGGAGAAGACUGAACGCCAGCUGGCAAGAGAGUUGGUUGACCUCAAAGGUCAUUUGGAGAAAAACAUGGUGGAUCGCAGCCAGGUGGAGCAGUACAAAAGAGAGGUGGAUGACCUUUCCCAGAAGCUGAAGAAAAAGUCUAAAAAAUGCACACAGAUAAAAGCACAAAAUCGCGAUUUGCAAGAACAGUUGUCCGACGUGUGUCUGAAACGUGAAAUACUGGAGGAGAGUGAACGCCAGCUGAAAGAAGAGGUGUCUAUGCUCAAGCAUCAUAUCCACAGUAACAUGGUGGAUCGCAGCCAGAUGGAGCAGUACAAAAGAGAGGUGGAUGACCUUUCCCAGAAGCUGAAGAAAGAGUCUAAAAAAUGCACACAGAUAAAAGCACAAAAUCGUGAUUUGCAAGAACAGUUGUCCACCAUGUGUCUGAAACGUGAAAUACUGGAGGUUAGUGAAUGCCAGCUGAAAGAAGAGGUGGCUAUGCUGAAGCAUGAUAUCGACACUAACAUGGUGGAUCGCAGCCAGGUGGAGCAGUACAAAAGAGAGGUGGAUGACCUUUCCCAGAAGCUGAAGAAAAAGUCUAAAAAAUGCACACUGAUAGAAGCACAAAAUCGCGAUUUGCAAGAACAGUUGUCCACCGUGUGUCUGAAACGUGAAAUACUGGAGGAGAGUGAACGCCAGCUGAAAGAGGAGGUGGCUAUGCUCAAGCAUCAUAUCGACACUAACAUGGUGGAUCGCAGUCAGAUGGAGCAGUACAAAAGAGAGGUAGAGGAACGAGCCACACAGGAAUUAGUACGAAAACUAGAAGAAGUCAGUCUGGUUUUGCAGGGUUCUGCCUUUAUGGCUGAUGAUAGUGAGGAGGCAUGCUUGCCUCAGUGA